AUGUCGUCAACUUUAUUUUCAACAUCAUUGAAUUCUACUAUUAUAACUAGUACAACAAUUACAAGUGAAACUAUAAAUACUUAUGAUUAUGAAGGUGCAGCUAUUUAUGUAGCUGUUAUAUUAAUUUGGUAUUCAACUGGUUUAGCAUUAAUGUUAUUUCUUCAAGUACGUCCACGUACAUUUCAAAGUCAAUUUUUACUUGAUUAUCAAACAAAUGAUAAAUCAAUAUCAUUUUCAGCAAAUCCAUUUGGAAAUUAUCAUAAUAUUGAAGCUGAUACUGCUAAAAAACGUAUUCUUAAUGAAUUAAAAGAUCCAGAAAGACGGCAACGUUUAUGGAAAAUAUAUUAUUCUUCAGAAGAAAAACAAAAUGAACCACAUCCACGAUAUUAUGAAACGAUUACAGCAGAUAAUGUAACUAUUGGUCGUAUUAAUAGAAAAUUAGCUGAUAUUCAUCGAACAGAUGCACGAAAUCGAGAUGAUUCAAUACUAACAUUAUUAGAUGCAUCUUCAAACGUUAAUCGAUUUGAUGGAACAAAAUUUCGUACUAAACGAAUUAGUUCAUUACGUGGAACAAGUGGUAUACCUACAAAUAAUCGAGAGUUAUCUGUUUCAAUUCAACCUCAAUCUACUGAUACACAAAUAAUUAUACCAAAUACCGAAGUCAAAUCUAUUACAUAUGAAAAACAAUCAACAUUACCAUUGACCAAUGGUUCACGUAAACGAACUGAUAAAUUUUCGAAUCGAUUUCAUGUCGAAAAAGUAUCUGAAAAUAGUAGCGAUAGUUCUACUGUAAAAGAAAAUACAUCACAAUAG